AUGGCGCCUAGUGUUGUGAAGAAACGUUCUGCUGCGAGGGCUGAUGAACAGAUUGUGAAGAAACCGAGAAUUUCGCUCAAUUCCUCAGAGGAGGAGGAUAACUUGGACCUGAGCGAGAGCGAGGGUGCCGGUGCCGAGGCAAGCGCUGACGAGAGUGUGAGCGUCUCUGGUGAUGAAGGUGCAGCUGAUGCGCCCGCGGAGGGCAACGGGUCGUCUAACCAUGGGGAGCAAAGGAAGCUUCUGAAGGAGCGGAAGAUGCAGAGGAAGUCUGGGUCCGAGAUCCAGCAGAUCAAGUCGGUGUGGGAGCGGUUGAGGGUGAAGUCGCCGCCGAUUCCCAAACCCGUGCGGGAGAAAUUGUCCAACGAGAUUUGGGAACUGUCCAAGGACCGUAUUGCCGACCUUGUCCUAAAGCACGAUGCGUCGCGUAUAGUGCAGACACUCGUCAAGUACUCCACCAAGGAGCGCAGGGAACAGAUCGUCGAGGCGCUGAAGGGUAAAUUUUACGUCCUGGCGACGUCUUCUUACGGGAAGUACUUGCUCGUCAAGCUGCUGCAUUACGGGUCCAAGAAAUCUAGACAGUUGAUCGUCGACGAGUUACACGGCCACUUGAGGAAACUUAUGAGACACAAGGAGGGUGCGUACGUCGUCGAGGACCUGUUUGUGCUGUACGCGUCCCACGACCAGAGACAGCAGAUGAUCAAAGAGUUCUGGGGGUCCGAGUACGCCGUUUUCAGAGACGACCACAAGGACUUGACUAUUGAAAAUGUCUGCGAGAAGAGUGUCGAAAAAAGAAGUAUCAUCGCUAGGAACUUGAUUGGCACAAUCACUGCCUCCGUGGAGAAGGGUUCCACCGGGUUCCAAAUCUUGCACGCAGCCAUGAGAGAGUUUGUCAAAAUCGCGAACGGCAAAGAAAUCCUAGAGAUGGUCGACCUCUUGCACGAACAGUUUGCAGAACUCGUUCACACUCCUGAAGGUUCUGAAGUGGCGUGUACUUUGAUUGCCAAGUCGGGGGCCAAGGAGAGGAAACUCAUCUUGAAGGGGUUGAAGGACCACGGGGAGAAACUGAUCAAAAACGAAUACGGGAACUCUGUGUUUAUCACAUUGUUGUUGACGGUAGACGAUACUGUGCUUGUCUUUAAGACCUUCGGACCUUGCGUCAAGGAGUUCUUCACUGAAUUCAUCGUCGAUAAGUACGGAAGAAGACCGUUCCUUUACUUACUGAUGGGACUCAGCGGGAAAUAUUUUGCACCAAAUGUUAAGAAGGAACUAGAAAGGUACGUUGAAAUGUCCAAGGAGACGUCGAAGAAGGACUCGCUUGUCAGAAGGCACGAACUGCUAAAGAGGUGCGGGCCCUUGUUCAUCAGCAGCGUCAACAAGAACCACAAAGAUAUCUUGGAAGAAAACUUCGGGUGCCAGUUUGUCUCCGAGUUGCUGACCAGUGACGAGUUGUUCGACUUGUUAGACGACAAGGCCAAGGCACAGUUCCAAGACUUGAUGGACUCUAUUGCGGUCACUUUCAAAGGUGAUGUCACAGACGAGGACCACCCAAUACACAGACCGUUCUCAACGAGGCUGUUAAAGGCCAUGAUCCAGGGUGGGAAGUGGAACAACAAGGAGAAGAAGUUGGAACCUUUGACCAAAGUGAAGGGUCUUGGUGUUGCGUUUGCUACUAAGUUCUACGACGAAAUCAUCGAUUCUGCCAACAUACUGGCAUGGAUUAACAACAGCGACAGCUCAUUCACUAUUGUGGCUCUUUUCGAAACACUCAGAGCCCAGAAGGACGGCGAACAGUUCGUCAAAGAUUUGAAGUUUGUACAGAAACAGAUCGACGCUGCAGAGGACAACAAGGGCGCCCAAUUGCUAAUCAAAUUGUUGAAGAAUUGA